CAUGUCAGGUGGUGGUGGUGGUGCUGCUGCUGCUGCUGCUGCUGGUGUUUGUGGUGGACAGUGAUCAGCGAGGCUCAUCCGGGAUGUUUAAUUACGAGGAGAGCGAUGCCGACCAGGGAUCGGCCAUGGCAGCGGCUGCAUAUCGGGCACUGCUUGACUACUAUGCCAACGCGCCCAGUGCAGCGGGUCACAUAUUGUCCUUGACGGUGGGUCCUUACAAUGGAACUGGAGGCAGUGCAUCCUUGGCGGGCAAUACCAGCAUUACAACAGAGGAUGGCGAGUACUUGGCCACACAGCGGAUGGAUAAUGAUAUGGUCACGGAGAUGUCUAUAACAUUUGGAACCAGUCCAAGUCCAAGUCCCAGUCCCAGUGCCAGUUCAAGUUCAAGUCAAAGUUCUAGUAGUACCACCAGUGGAAUGCCUGUCUGGCUGAUUCCCAGCUAUAGUGUGAUCCUGCUCUUUGCGGUGCUGGGCAACCUGCUGGUCAUCUCAACGCUAGUACAGAAUCGUCGAAUGCGCACCAUAACCAAUGUUUUCCUGCUCAACCUGGCCAUAUCGGACAUGCUGCUGGGAGUCCUCUGCAUGCCAGUCACCCUGGUGGGCACAUUAUUAAGGAACUUUAUCUUUGGCGAGUUCCUCUGCAAGCUCUUCCAAUUUUCGCAAGCUGCCUCUGUGGCCGUCUCCUCGUGGACCUUGGUGGCCAUAUCCUGCGAACGUUACUAUGCCAUUUGUCAUCCUUUACGCUCGCGAUCCUGGCAGACAAUCAGCCAUGCCUACAAGAUCAUCGGUUUCAUUUGGCUGGGCGGCAUCUUGUGCAUGACACCCAUUGCGGUUUUUAGUCAAUUGAUACCCACCAGUCGACCAGGCUACUGCAAGUGCCGUGAAUUUUGGCCUGACCAAGGCACUGAGCUUUUCUAUAACAUCAUGCUGGACUUCCUUCUGCUCGUCUUGCCACUUUUAGUGCUCUGCGUGGCCUACAUCCUUAUAACUAGGACUCUAUAUGUGGGCAUGGCCAAGGAUAGUGGAAGAAUUCUGCAGCAAUCCAUGCCUGUAGCUGGAGCAGCGACUGGUGGUGGAGGUGGACCAACUCCAGGCACAAGCAGCAGUAGCAAUUGCAUCUUGGUACUGACCGCCACAUCAGUUUAUAAUGAGAAUAGUAAUAACAACAAUGGAAAUGCCGAGGGAUCUUCCGGAGGAGCAACGACUACUGCAACGACAACCUUGACAACGAGAGCGACAACGGCUCCAACUGUGAUUACGACCGCGACGACGACGACAACGGUGACCCUGGCCAAGGCCUCAUCGCCAAGCAUUCGUGUCCAUGAUGCGGCACUUCGCAGAUCCAACGAGGCCAAGACCCUGGAGAGCAAGAAGCGAGUGGUGAAGAUGCUGUUCGUUCUGGUUUUGGAGUUCUUCAUCUGCUGGACACCGCUGUAUGUGAUCAACACACUGGUCAUGCUAAUUGGACCGGUGGUGUAUGAGUAUGUGGACUACAAGGCCAUUAGUUUCCUUCAGCUGCUGGCCUACUCCUCCAGCUGCUGUAAUCCAAUCACCUAUUGCUUCAUGAACGCCAGCUUCCGGCGGGCAUUUGUGGAUACGUUUAAGGGUAUGCCGUGGCGACGUGGUGGUGGUAUUGGUGGAAAUAUCAUUGGAGGACACUCUGCCAGCCAGGCAGGACCAGGUCCAGGUGUCUAUACGAAUGCCAACACCAAUAUUAGUUUAAAUCCCGGCCUAGCCAUGGGUAUGGGCACUUGGAGGAGUCGUUCUCGUCAUGAACUACUUAAUUCUGUGGUGACCAGUGCCGCCGGUGCAGCUGAUAGUCCUCAACUAUAAGCGCCAGCGCCAUCUAGGAUUCGUCCUUCAAAUCGAUGUACAUAUGUAUGAUAAAGAAAAUGAGUGUAUGUUAGC